CUUGGGCGCUAUGGCAUCUCUGCAGCCAGAGUUUAGCCUGGAAACCCUACUGGAUCAGCUGAACGAGGAUGAAUUAAGGAGGUUCAAAUCUCUAUUAAAGGAUCUUCCCCUACAAGGUAAGCUAAGGAAUACCCCAUGGUCCAAGGUAGAAGAGGCCGACGGCAAGAAACUGGCAGAAAUUCUGAUCGACAAAUCCCCAAAAUAUUGGAUAAGGAGUGUGACCGUGAACAUCUUGGAGAAGAUGAAUCUCACAGAAUUGUCUAAGAAGGCGAAAGCUCAAAUCCCGGAGGAUGCCCCGGAGCAAGGAAUAGAAGAUGGCUUAAAGCUGGGAGACACAGAGGAAGACUUGGAUGUAGAAAAGCCAGGUAAAAAAGGGGGACAUAGAAAUGCGUUGGAGAAACCUCCUUUGGUCUGGAACAAUAAAUUUUGGCGGGGAGACAGUGACCAUUUCCUUGAUGAUGUCACUCAGAGAAGCCAGAAGUUCGUACCAUUCUUGCAUUCCAAGACCCGCACACAGCCAAUACCACACACGGUGGUGCUCCAGGGCCCCGCAGGUGUCGGGAAAACUACACUGGCCAGGAAAUUGAUGCUGGACUGGACAGAAGACAACCUCAAUCAGAUGUACAGAUACGCCUUCUACUUCAGCUGCAAGGAGCUCAACCACAUGGGCACAUGCAGCUUUGCAGAGCUGAUCUCCAAGGACUGGCCCGAAGGGCAGGACGAUGUCCCUGAGGUCCUUGCCCAAGCACAGAAGAUCCUGUUCGUCAUCGAUGGUUUUGAAGAGCUGAAAGUCCCCGAGGGGGCCCUGAUCCAAGAUAUCUGUGGCGACUGGGAGGAGCAGAAGCCAGUGCCCAUCCUCCUGGGCAGCUUGCUGAAGAGGAAGAUGUCACCCAAGGCCACGUUACUGGUCACCACGCGGCCCGAGGCCCUGAGGGAUCUCCGGCUCCUGGUGGAACAGCCCCUCUUCCUAGAGAUCGAGGGCUUCCUGGAGCAGGACAGGAAAGCCUACUUCUUGAAACACUUUGAAGAUGAGGAGGAAGCCCUGCGAGCUUUCGACUUGAUGAGGAGCAACGAGGCCUUGUUCCGCAUGGGCGCGGCGCCCGCGGUGUGCCGGAUCGUCUGCACCUGUCUGAAGCUUCAGAUGGAGAAGGGGCAGGACCCGGCCCCCACCUGCCUGACCACCACGUCGCUGUUCCUGCAUUUCCUCUGUGGCCAGUUCAUGCCGGCGCCCGGUGACUGCCCCAACCACAACCUGCGAGGCCCACUGAGGACUCUGUGCUUCCUGGCUGUCCAGGGCACGUGGACACAGAUGUGUGUGUUUGACGAGGAAGACCUCAGGAGCCUCGGGGUGCAGGAGGCCGACCUGUCUCCUUUCCUGGACAAGGGCAUCCUGCAGAAGGACAGGGACUGCGAAGGCUGCUACUCCUUCCUCCACCUCAGCCUCCAGCAGUUCCUGGCUGCCACGUUCUACAUCCUGGAGACGGAGGAGGAGGAUGCCCGGGAGAGCCACACGCGGGACAUCGGGGACGUGCAGAAGCUGUUCUCCAAGGAGGAGAGACUGAAGAACCCCAGCCUGACCCAAGUGGGCUACUUCUUAUUCGGCCUCUCGAAUGAGAAGAGAGCCCAGGAGUUGGAGAUGACUUUUGGCUGCCGAGUGUCACUGAAGAUCAAACCGGAAUUACUGAAACACAAAGCAAACCUCAAUGAGAAUAAACCCCUCUCGGAGACGGACACGAAGGAGUUUCUGUACUGCCUCUACGAGUCUCAAGAUGAGGGGCUGGUGAAGGACGCCAUGGCCCACUUCAAGGAAGUUUCUGUUCACGUGACAGAUACAUUUGAGAUGAUGUACUCUUUCUUCUGCCUCAAGCAUUGUCAAAACGUACAGAGAAUCUCGCUGCAGGUAGCAAAGGGGAUAUUCCUAGAGAAUGAUCAUUCGUUGGAACCACAUGCUCAUAAGUGCUCUUGUCUGUUCCUUCCUAGUUGUGCUGAGCAUGACCGUCACUCUCUUCAGCUCUGGAGGGAUUUCUGCUCUGUGGUCAGCUCAGAUUCCUGUCUGAGCUAUCUGGAUAUGAGUGAAAGUUUCCUGAGUGACUCUUCUGUGAGGAUUCUCUGUGACCAUAUAACCCGUUUCUCCUGUCAUCUGCAGGAUGUGGUGAUUAGAAACGUCACCCCUGACAGCGCUUACCGGGAUUUCUGUCUGGCUUUCAUUGGUAAGAAGUCCUUGACUCGCCUGACCCUGGAAGGCCCUGUCCAGGGAGAUGAGAUGACACUGACGAUGCUGUGUGAGAUCCUCAGAAACAAGCAGUGCAAGCUGAAGCAUCUGAGGUUGGGAUUUCAUUCUAUUACCGCUCAGCAAUGGGAUGAUCUCUCCUUGGCCCUCAAAAUCAACCAUUCGUUGACAUGCCUGGACCUCUCAGCCAACGAGCUCCUGGACGAGGGUGUCAAGUUGCUGCACACGACUUUGAAAGACCCAAAGUGCUUCCUGCAGAGGCUGUCGUUGGAGGACUGUCACCUUACGGAAGCCUGUUGCAAGACACUUGCUUCUGUUCUGGUGGUCAACCAGAAGCUGAGGUACCUGUGCUUGGCCAAGAACGACCUCGGGGAUAGUGGAGUGAAAAUUCUGUGCGAGGGCUUGAGUUACCCUGAUUGCAAACUAGAGACCCUGGUGUUACGGCAAUGCAACAUAACUAGACGCGGCUGCGAACAUCUCUCAAAGCUACUCCAAGAAUACUCCAGCCUGACAAACUUGGACCUGGGUCUCAAUACCAUAACUACUGGAUUGUGGUUUCUCUGUGAGGCCUUAAAGAAUCCAAAUUCUAACCUAAAAUGCCUGGGGAUCUUGCAUCUGCUCUCAUUAGCAACCAGAAGCUGGAAACUCUGGACCUGGGCCAGAAUAAUUUGGGGAAUAGUGGAGUAACUGUGCUCUUUGAGGCUUUAAAACAAAAGAAUGGACCCUUGAAGACA